AUGGUCCGGAUCAUCCCCGCCCUCCUCACCCUCGUGAGCGUCCUCUCGGUCUCGGCCGCGCCCCUCCGCGCCGAGGUCGAGGGCCAGGUCGAGGCCCGCGCGUGCGCCUACACCUGCGGCAGCGUGUGCUACCAGACCACGCACAUCACCGCCGCCCUUAACAAGGGCUACUCGCUUCAGCAGAGCGGCAGCGACGUCAACAACUACCCCCACCGGUACAACAACUAUGAGGGCUUCGACUUCCCGACCCCGGGCCCCUGGUACGAGUUUCCCAUCAUGGCCAGCCACAGCGUGUACAACGGCGGGUCGCCGGGGGCCGACCGCGUGGUGUUCGACUCGGACGGCAACUUCGACCUGCUCAUCACCCACACGGGCGCGAGCGGCAACAACUUCCUGGCUUGCCGGGCUGGUUGA